UGAUUGCAUUCCUAGUGCUGAUUCUCUGCAGAACGUUGGAGGGUCCCGUCGGAGAAGCCUCGGCUCCAGAUGACUCCCGCCGCUCGGCAGUUCCUAUGGCAUCUGUUGGCCUGAGCGGGCCGCCGUCUAGUGGAGCAAGCCGAACUCGAUCCCGAUCUCGAGGCAGGAUCCGAAGGUCCGGACGUUCCGAUGAAUCUGAACCACACGAAUCUCAUGGCAGGAGCCGACGGUCCCGAGGCUCCGAUUAUUCCGAGUCACUUGAUCCUAGAACCGUACGAUUGUUCAGCUGGUCGCAAUUACAGCAUUGCACAAACGGAUUCGCUGAGGCUGCCCAGGUGGGUCCUCAGGGAGGGUUCGGGAUCGUGUACAGGGGGACUGUAGAGGAGAGGGAGGUGGCAAUAAAGGUCAUGAGAGGGGCGUUGACGGCGGACUCAUCCAAGCAAUUCGUGGCGGAGGUAAGAACGCUUAGCAGAGUCCAUCAUGCCAACCUAAUUAGGCUGAUUGGCUACUGUCAAGAAGCGGGACGUUGCGUGUUGGUCUAUCCUUUCUAUCCUGGGGGGAACUUGUGUGACAGGUUAUUCAACCUGCCCGUGAGGGGAGCCGGCGCGGGCGGAAGCGCAGCUUGUCUCCCCCCAUUGGGACUCGCUGAGCGCAUCUCGAUCGGGUACCAGAUGGCGCAAGGGUUGCGAUACCUACACUUCGGUGCUCAUCCGCCGGUACUGCAUCGGGACAUCAAGGGGACCAACGUGCUCCUCGACGGCGGGGCCGGGACGGAGCUGCGCGCCGUUCUCGCUGACUUCGGCUUGGCGCGCAUCAGCGAACAAGUGUUCGAUACCCAGCAGGACGUCUUGAUCCAGCCAUCAUGCUUGGUCGGGACGGAGGGGUACAUUGCGCCAGAGUACAGGGCGGGAGAGCUGUCGCCCAAGGCUGACGUGUACUCUUUCGGGGUUCUGCUGUUGGAGAUGAUGACUGGGCGGACGGCGCGCGAACCGGCGCUUCCGUCGACAGGUACGAAAUGGCAAACGCUGCCAGAGUGGGUGAAGUCCAUCCAUGAGUGUCGGAAUUUGAACAUUGUGGGAACGGUCGUAGACCGCAGCCUUCGGUGUGACCUGACAAGGUGCAAGAACGGGGAGCAGAUGGUACUCGAAAUGUUGCUGUUGGCACUCCAAUGUGUUGAGGCAGACGCUCAGCUGAGGCCCAACAUAGACGUCGUCGAAGAAAGAAUAGGGCAUAUCAUGAACUUGCAACGGUAAACCAGCGGACAUGUAUUUAACGGACGCUUGUACAUGAUGCGACGAUCCACGGUGUUCGAGAGUAGGUGGGCAGCGGAAGUAGGAAAGCCGACUAUUUUUGGACAGAUUACUCUCUUCACACGAUGGCCGAAAAUCGGUGAGGCGGCGGGGAUCAGGGCAGCGGACUAUUUCUGCUAUUUUCUAGACUGUUUAAUCUUUUCGGCGAUAUCCACUUAGGUGGGGCGCAAUUAAAUAACUGUAUUCUUGUGAGUGAUUGGCGGUAAAUUAUGGGGAGGAGUCUUUCAGAUGAGGGUAAACUUGCUCUAGCACUUUGAAAGACGUAUCCGGCUCCAAUCGAGGCCAGGUGCGUUGUCAACGUCCACGUAAGAAUUAGCAUCCCGUUAGUGUCGUGACUAACAGAUCUUGUGUAUACUCUGAAAUGAAUCCUUUUUUUUUUUUUUYUUUUUUUUUUAAUUAACGGGUUAGACGUUGUAAAUUGACAGCAGUUCAUUCUUUUCGUGUAUUAGUCUGUAGGAGAGAAAUGAAUGAUAGUUUAUGAA